CGCGGGCUGCGCCUUCCUCACCCUGCGAGCCGCCGCUCUCCGCAUCGCCUCCCGGCCGCGCUUCCCGCCCCGUGCGCGCCCAGCAUGUCCACGGCGCUCGUGUCGCCCACCAUCUUCGACCUGAGCGAGGUUAUAUGCAAGAGCAACAAGAUGCUGAACUACAGCCCGCCGGGGGUCGGCGGGUGCCUGCUGGACAGGAAGGCGGUGGGCACGCCGGCCGGCGGCGGCUUCCCUAGGCGGCACUCGGUCACGCUGCCCAACGCCAAGUUCCACCAGAGCCAGCUGCUGGGCGGCCUCAAAGGGGAGCCCGCGCCCAUGCUGGGCCCCCGCGAGAGCCGCUUCCGGGACCGCUCCUUCUCGGAGGGCGGCGAGCGGCUGCUGCAGCAGAAGCAGCCCGGCGGACAGGUCAACUCGAGCCGCUACAAGACGGAGCUGUGCCGCCCCUUCGAGGAGAACGGCGCCUGCAAGUACGGCGACAAGUGCCAGUUCGCGCACGGCAUCCACGAGCUGCGCAGCCUCACGCGCCACCCCAAGUACAAGACGGAGCUGUGCCGCACCUUCCACACCAUCGGCUUCUGCCCCUACGGGCCGCGCUGCCACUUCAUCCACAACGCGGAGGAGCGCCGCGCCGUGGCGGGGGGCCGCGAGCCCGCCGUGCCCGAGCGCCCCCGGCUGCAGCACAGCUUCAGCUUCGCCGGCUUCCCCAGCGCGGCCGCCAGCGGGCUGCUGGACAGCCCCACUUCCAUCACGCCGCCGCCCAUGCUGAGCGCCGACGACCUGCUGGGCUCCCCCACCCUGCCUGACUGCGCCAGCAACCCCUUCACCUUCUCCAGCCAGGAGCUGGUCAGUCUCUUCGCGCCCAGCAUGGGGGUGCAGGUGCCCAGCGGGGGCUCCCCCACCGCCUUCUUGUUCAGGCCCAUGUCCGAGUCCCCCAACAUGUUUGACUCGCCGCCCAGUCCUCAGGACUCCCUCUCCGACCAGGAGGGCUAUCUGAGCAGCUCCAGCAGCAGCCACAGCGGCUCCGAUUCGCCCGUCCUGGACACCUCAAGGCGUCUUCCCAUCUUCAGCAGACUCUCCAUCUCCGACGACUAAUCUGGGGUCUCCUCCUGCUCGCCCCCACCUCUAUUACGAUGUUAAGCUGAACUCCCCUCCCCUGCCCCGACCUCCGGUGUGAGCUGCAUGUUAACGUGUCCACCUGCCUGUCGUAGACCCACCGGCUUAAACCUUAAGUGCCAAAUUAACGAUGAGAAGCAAUAACGUUUACAAAAAAUUAGUGCCUUUUAAACACUUUCACUGUGACUGUAUUUACCUCUCCAGCUGCAGAGGGCACCAGCAGCUCUGUGCACUUCCAGCUGUGCAGGAAAUGUCCGGAUCCAGCUCCCUCCACUGGCCACGUACUGCAUCGCCCUGUCCCUUCCUGGCUGGCCAGUUCCCGCUAGGCUGCAGGCAUGUGGACAACUGUUAACAUCCAGCCCCCUCUCUUCCCCCCCACCCCCCUAAAGACUAAUCUUGCCUGGAUCCGCUCAGGUCUGCGGGAAGAGAAGCUGAGAACGGACAAAGAUUGUGCCACGAGUGGGGACUUUGACUGGGAAAAGAAGAAAGAAAAAAACAAAAAAGAAAAAAACAGAUGGACUAUGAGAGACUUGAUUUUGGUGCUAAAAGUUCCCCGUGUAUUCAUGUGACAUCUUAAAGCAAAUAAAGCAGUGGAGGGGGUGGGCCCGACGGAAGUCAUUCCAUACACACACACACACACACACACACACACACACACACACACACACACACACACACACACACACACACACACGUUCGUGUAAACAACGUUCCAGUAGACAUAGCUUUAAUGGUUUUGCUCUAGAGUACUUUAGACCUAUCUUAGAGCACUCACGCCAAGCUUUUUAUUAUUUUUUGGUUUUUUGUUUUGUUUUUCUGGGUUUUUAAUUUUGUAUAACUUCAGAAAUUGGAGAGCAAAUUUUGCUUGUCACUGCACAACAAUAUAAAAAAAGCUUAUUUAACUUAUCAAAACGUAUUUAUUGCCGAAACCUAUGCUUUUUUUGUUAAUUUUGUUCAUAUUUAUCGGGAUGAUGAAUCCAUAGAAUAUAUUCUUUUAUGUUUAAAUUAUGAUCUUCCAUAUUAAUCUUAAGAUUGUGAAGUGUCUUUUUUCCU